AUGCAACUCAGUUUUUCGUACAUAGUUACGGCUAUGAUGGCUAGUUCAGCCUUAGUUGCUGCUGGCAAAGCACCUAAGAUAAAAAAGAACCCCAAGGAUGUAGUUGCAAUUGCUGACUUUCCUUUUGGAUUUGACCUGAAGGUAAAGGGAAACAUUGUUUUCACAGCAAAGAAAGGAAAAGCGGUUAAGGUUCACGUUGACAUGACUGGGUUACCAAAAUCUGGUGGUCCGUUUGUGUACCAUAUUCAUGAAUACCUGGUGCCAGAAGAUGGUGAUUGCGAUGCUGUGGGAGAUCAUUUCAACCCUUACAAUGCACCUCCAGAUUGUGAUAAUCAAAAGAAGGAUGCUUACUGCCAGGUCGGAGAUCUAUCUGGUAAACACGGUUGGAUAGACACUUCUUGCUUUGAGACAAAGUACGUCGAUCCAUAUCUAUCAUUAAACAAGAAGUCGAAGUCUUAUAUCGUUGGUAGGUCUAUCGUUUUCCACUUUGCGAACUUGACUAAGUUUGCAUGCGCUGACAUCCAGUUGGCAUCAGAUUUGAGGGUCGCAAGCUUGUUGGAAGAAUAUGAAGAAAGCCAUAAUGAGGAUUUAAAAGAGCUUUCAGAAGUCACCGCCGAGGGAUACGUAUUUGAUGAAGAGGAAGCACUCCAAUCUGAAGAAUUUGAGUCUAACGAACCUCAAUACAAAGAUUACGUCCCAACGAUGCCAAGUCCCCUCCAUUAUAAGAACGUUACAUCUAAUUUGACGACUCCUCAGGGCAGCGGACAAGCAGGCGCUAGCAAUCUGUCCAAUGCCACAAAUCACCAAUCUCCAAAUUCUGAGAAUGGUUCAUCGCUCAAAGGUCUUGGAAUUUCAGCCAUCUUAGCAUGUGUGGCAGGAUUAUUAAUCUGA